AUGCUAUUAUUUUUUUAUUCGGACCAGGCUUCUCUAUUUAUUGGUCGUCUUCAUCCAAGCAUCCAACACGAGCAGCUUCAUUCCUCCUUAUCCCAUUUGCUCUCAGUCGUCAAGUUGGCAAAACGAGAAGAAAAGCGUCGUCGAAAAGGCAGACAUCGCAGCAGACAUCACUGCCGUGACCGAUCUCCAGAGCAGCACGAAUCGCGAACCAAAGACCCCCUUUGGCCUCUCGUUCGUGUUGUGAAACACCCAAUCACCGGAGAAUCUCGGGGUUACGCAUUCGCUUGGUUCAAAUCCUCAAGAGACGCGAGUCGUGUGCUAGACUCGUGGAGAUAUUCCUCCAACUUGUUCAAGCCAUCAGGCUGUAAUGACGGUGUGAGAGUUGAUCUGCAAUCGAUUUUCGGGGAUAUGCCUGGAUUUGAGCAGGUUGGUUACUUUUUUUUUGGUAACGUGCGUUAG